GGAUGACAACGGGUGAGUGCAGUGUGAAUGUCGAGUGUUUAUUUCUCUUCAUAGUCAGAAACGCUCACUGCAGCCUGGCGGACGCCGAAUGACAGGCGGUGAAUAGCAGCCGGCCCACAGUAAAGCUGAGGACGGAGGCGAGAUGCCCGACACUCUGACUUGAGGUGCUGCGACUGUACGAAUUGUGAAUCACUGCCAGUCAAUCGGAACGCUGGGACAAGAUGGCGGUGGCACAGUGUGGGUAUGAAUUCCGGAUGGCAAUGCUGGGUGGAAGCGAGCAAGACCAGAGGACAUUGGGAAGCCUCAUCACAGGGACAGAAAAUGUCUCCACCUCGCUGCAAUCCCCGGGAAUAUGGAAGCGGAAGCCAUUUAUGUGCGUCACCACCCCUGACAUCGACAGCGUGGCUCUUCACCAAGGCAAAGUUGACAUUCAGAAAUCCAUGUCUCUCUGCCAUCCUGGGCCCAGUUUACUUCUGAUUUUAGUAAACCCUGGGGGCUUCAGAGAGAUGAAAAGGUUGAGACAUUAUCUGGAGUGUUUUGGAAAAGAUGCUUUCAGACUCUCCAUGGUCAUCAUCACUGGACGUGCCGAGAGACCUUGGCAUGCUGCGAUCGACAAACUGAUUCAGGAGUGCUACGGCAGGCACUACACAGUUGUCUUGGAUGAGCCACAUGAUUCGGUAUUUAACCAGGAAGAACUCAGAGGAAUGGUGGCAAGCAUAGUGAGUUACAAUGGUGGACGGUAUCUCAAAUUCACAACUCGCUCUGAUCCAAGGCCAGACAUUUGGUUGAAAAAAUUGGUGUCUAACCUGGUUUUGUGUGGCAGAUCAAAGAACGGCAAGGCCUCCGUAGCUCAGGCCAUUCUGGGAAAGACAGAGGCAGGUCCACAGGCAGCUUCCUUAUUUUGCAUUAGAAAUGCGGAUGUGUUUGGUCAACUGGUGACCCUGGUGGAGCUGCCUCGACUACAUGGAAAAAGCAAGGCAGUCGCAGAGGAGGAGUCCCAAUAUUGCCUCUCCCUCUGUCGCCCGCAAGGAGCCCAUGCAUUCCUGCUGGUCAUGGCUUUGGAAAAACUAUCGGUAGAAGACAAGCAAGAGUUUGAAGCCAUACAGAAUGCAUUUGGCCAGCAAGUGGAAAAUUUCAUCAUUCCUGUGAUCACCGUCAAAUCAGACCUCACAACUGAGGGUCGGAUGUUCCUCAAAGAAAACACAAUGUACCAGACGAUCAGGCAGAGCUGCAGGGGCAGAAAUAUCGUUCUCAACCUCGAAAGCCGAGAACAGGUCACUCAAGUUAUGCAAACUGUGGAGAAGAUGCGGGCAGGAAGUCCCCUCGGCUUUACGGAGCGGAUGCUCCAAACGCCUGAUGAGCCUGCAUUUGUUAGAGCAGGCUUUAGCUCCGUCAGGGUGCCAAAGGUCAUUAGAGACUACAACAGGCGCAGUUUAGUCAGAAGAGAAGACUUUCGCCAGUCAGGACAAAGUAUACCAGGCUACGAGAUUCAAUACCGUCCGCAUUCUGAGGGUUGCUUUAGUACAAAUGGAAACCAGUGUUGCAGGGUUCCCUGCGAGCCAGGUGAAGCACAAGCCAGGUGUUUGAGAAUUGUGUUGGUUGGGAAAACUGGCAGUGGAAAGAGUGCCACUGCAAACACCAUUUUGGGUUCAGAGCAGUUCAAAACCAAAGGAUCUUUUGGAUCAGUAACCGACAGCUGCCAAAAAGCUCAAAUUGAGAUAGACGGGCGACAGGUAGCUGUUGUUGACACCCCCGGCUUGUUUGACACACAUUUUCCCAAAGAAGAGAUACAAAGUGAAAUUGUUAAAUGUGUCGACUAUUUGCACCCGGGGCCUCACGCUUUCUUAGUGGUUCUGCAGAUCGGCCGCAUGACAGAUGAGGAGCAAGCCACCAUACAACUCCUCAACCAGGUUUUUGGUGAGAGGGCUCAGGAUUUCAGCAUCGUGGUGUUCACCAGAGGGGAUGAACUCGGAGGGCAGAUAAUAGAAGACUGUAUUGAAGAGGAGAACUCAGGAUUCCUGAAAAAUCUGAUCAAAGAAUGUGGAGGACGUUAUCACGUCAUGAAUAACAAGGACAUGCAGAAUCGUGCUCAAGUACAUGAGCUGCUCGACAAGAUUGAAGCCAUGGUGGACCAAAAUGGAGGAAGCUUCUACAAGGCAGAAGUUUACAGCAAGGAGGAGGAGGCCCAACAAGAGGGAGUGGAAGACACUCCAGAAGCAGUGAGAGACCUUGAGAUUCAAUUCCAUGAGGAAAUGAACGUCAAGCGAAAGGGCAUCACGGACCUCAUAAAGAGAAUGGAAGAGGAGAAUAAAGAAAGCAGCAACAAGAUACUGGAGAUGAGGAAUUGCAUACAGAGGGAGAUAGAAGUAAUAAUGGAGGACAGGGAAAAGAGAGAUGCAGAGAAUAGGCUAAUAAGACAGCAGGAGGAGAUGCAAAGGCAAAUGGCAGAUCAGAAAAUGGAGGCUCUGUUGAUGCAACUCAAAAGAUGUGAAGAUGAGACUACGACGAGUGGCCGGAUAAUGUCGUUGAUUCAGACGAAAGAGGAGUUGAGAAGAAAGCAGAGCUACUGGGAGCGGGAGAGAAGGAAGUGGUGGGAAAACCAGCGACAGGCUGACAAAUGGGAUGAGGAACAAACUGUUAAACUGACAGUAGAAUAUAAGCAGGAACUAAAGAAGUAUGAACAGAAAAGACAGGAGGACGAGCACAAAAGACAGCAGUUAGAAAGGGAACUCAGCGAAACAGAAGCAAAAUACAAGAAGCAAAUUGCACAAAUCAGAAGACAGUACCGAGAGGGAGCCCUAAAAGAUGCAGACGAAUGUCUCAAGUUUCGGCAGCAGUAUGACCAAGACGUGCGCAGAGAAAAAGCAAAGUACAAAAAAGAAAUGAGUGAUUUUAAACAGAAGCAAGAGAAACUAAAAGACUUCCUUGUGAAACAGCUGUGCAGGCACAAAGGCUUUGAAAAAGACUUUGAGAGACUCAAACGUAGGCAAGAGGAGGAGCUCAACCAGUUGAAAAGGACCCGGAAUUCCCAAAACCUGAGUGACAUAAACAAUCACAUCGUGGAGCUCCAGAAAAAAAACGAUGAGGACAUAAAUGCCUGGAUUAUUGACCACAUGAGCAAGGCCACGAACGCUCGCUGCAGUAUACUGUAGAGCGGUGCUUCUCAAUCAUUUUCUGUUGAGCCCCAGGAAGAAGUAAAAGUUUCGAGCCCCUUAACUUUCUGCUGCUUCUGUACAUAGUAUCAUUUGUCUAUAAAAGUAUUAUAAGUACACCUCUGUAUAACAUUGUAUUCUUGUGAAGAUUAAAACAAAAGAAACUAAUACAGAUGAAGUUACAUUAAAUAAUAACUUUCUUAACAGUGUUUUUGUCUAUAACAGAGAAGGUUUAAAGUGCAUCAAUUUGUGAGUGGAUGUGCAAUUACACUUCAUUCUAGUACGGCAAAAAAGUAUGUUCCGAGGUCACAUGCAUCCCCCUGGCAUCGCUCCGCUCCCCACCAGGGGGGCCGACCCCACUUUUUAAGAAGGACUGCUGUAGUGGUACCUAGAUGCUGGACGAGCCUGGCCAUGGACAUGCAAGACGCAAACAUGUACCUAAACUUUUAAAACACGCCUUACUUUCCUACUAACAGUGAUAUAUUAAACCACAUUCAUGUAAUGUGACAUGCUUGUACACAUGUUUAUUUUGUGUCCUCAUGAAAGCUGGUGUAAAAAGAAAGUUUUAUGAUGAUAAUGUACUCAUUUUAUACAAUUAUUAUUGGAUAUUUAUUCUGCUCUGAUUAAUAAAUUGUGUUAUAG